AUUUUACACUAUUUUAAUAUAUUUUUUGCCAACAUAAUAACCAACAAAAAAUAAGGGAAAUGCAACGUCUCAUUAAUAAAGCCUGCACACGACCAAUGGAAGACUGGGGUCUUGAUCCAUUAUUUUGGACCUCAGCGAAGCUAUUUAUCAGCGACUUGCACAGCGCCAUAGCCAACACCAAUGGCGCUUAUGCCAGCGCUGCAUCGUCGUCGGCAGCAGUUUUUUUUGUAGGGAACGAGCAUGUAGUUCGCAGUGUCGAGCUGGUGGGGGUUGUUGUGUCUGUGGAUGCCCGGGGCUCAAAAAUGACCGUGUACCAAAUUGAUGAUGGUACUGGUAUAAUUUCUUGUGUUCAUUUCACGACAACAGAGGAGCAAAACAACUAUAAUUUGCGGCAUAACUAUGAACUGGGGAUCACACUUUGCAUUGAGGGCCGGCUGAGCACAUUCCGGGACGAACGCCAAGUGAUAGUGCGUGUUUGCAAGCAAAUAGAGCCCAACCAAGAAACCUUAGCUUGGCUAGAACGACUGUCGCUGAGAAAGUUCCUAUCGAUAUCGCUGUUCCAACAACAAUAAAUAAUAUCUUACGCUUCCAAUUAUUGUUUUCUUUUCACGCAUCCUUCUUUGUCUCCUUGCUGCU